GAAAGCACACAGACAGCCGGACUUCAGAUCCUGCUCUGCUACAGGGCAGAUGUGCAGUUCCACCUCUAGUACCAUACGGCAUCCUUGGCAUCUUCUGUGCAGUACCAUUAAGAGCACUGCAAACAUCCUGUGAUAUUAAGAGCUCAGAGUUUUCUUUGAAAGCAACAACAAGGGACACAGACACAAGAUCCAGGACAGAUAAGCAAUGCCAUGAUUGCUAUAAUAGGUACAGAGAUCAUGACUGAUGGAAGCAUGGAAAUUCUUUCCCUGGCCACUGCUCCUGGGAGAUAUUGAGAAGAUAAAACUUAGCACGACCAGUUUAUUAAAACAAAAAGAGACGAGAACAACACCAUGAGGCAUGACGGGCAUUAUCCAAACGAUACGCUCACGAGUACCAACUUUGCUGCCAUCUACAGCCACCGUAAUGGGGACUUCACCUCUUAUCAAAACUUCACUUUCCCCUUCAAUUUCAGCUACAGUGACUAUGAUCUGCCCUUGGAUGAUGGGGACGAUGUGACAAAAACACGCACUUUCUUUGCAGCCAGGAUUGUCAUUGGAGUGGCACUGGCUGGUAUCAUGUUAGUCUGUGGCAUUGGUAACUUUAUUUUCAUUGCUGCUCUGGCCCGCUAUAAGAAGCUCCGUAACCUCACAAACCUUCUCAUUGCAAACCUAGCCAUUUCCGAUUUCUUGGUGGCCAUUGUCUGCUGUCCAUUUGAGAUGGACUACUAUGUGGUGCGGCAGCUGUCGUGGGAGCACGGUCACAUACUCUGUGCCUCUGUCAACUACUUGCGCACUGUCUCUCUCUACGUCUCAACCAAUGCACUCUUGGCAAUUGCUGUGGACAGGUACCUUGCUAUCGUUCACCCCCUGAAGCCAAGGAUGAACUACCAAACAGCAACUUUCCUCAUUGCUGUGGUUUGGAUAGUAUCCCUCAUCAUUGCCAUACCAUCAGCAUAUUUUGCAACAGAAACUGUCCUUUUCAUGAUACAAAAUCAAAAGAAAAUUUUCUGUGGACAGAUCUGGCCAGUUGACCAACAGAUAUAUUACAAAUCCUACUUCCUGUUCAUCUUUGGAAUUGAGUUUGUAGGGCCUGUUUUCACCAUGACUCUCUGCUAUGCCAGGAUCUCGCGAGAGCUUUGGUUUAAAACUGUGCCUGGCUUUCAGACGGAGCAGAUAAGGAAGAGACUUCGUUGCAGAAGGAAAACAGUGUUGGUGCUCAUGUGCAUCCUAACUGCUUACGUCCUCUGUUGGGCCCCUUUCUAUGGCUUCACCAUUGUCCGUGACUUUCUCCCGACUGUGUUUGUGAAGGAGAAGCAUUACCUGACAGCCUUCUAUAUCGUCGAAUGCAUUGCCAUGAGCAACAGCAUGAUCAAUACCAUGUGUUUCAUAACUGUAAAGAACAACACCAUGAAGUAUUUCAAGAAGAUUGUGCUACUCAGAUGGAGGUCUACCUACCAUGGCUCCAAGUCAAGUGUAGACACAGACAUCAGAACAAGUGCUAUGCCAGUCACAGAGGAAGUGGAUUGCAUCAGACUUAAGUGAAGUCCUGCCAGAUGUCUUCUUCAACAAAAUGUACUGUAUUUUGGUGUGUCACCUUAAUCAUUCAUCCCAUCCUUCUGUCCUCCCAUUCGGUACAUAUAAAGGUGCUCCAGAUGGAAAGUCUGUCUGAGCAAGAAUUCUUGAAUGCUGUUGAAUAUUCUAGCAAACAAACCCUGUGGAAAUGAACCAUCUUUACCCUCUGUCACCCCACUUUUCCUUGCUUUUGUUUCCCAUCUGACAGAUUUCUGUAUGUAGACCUGCAGUUCUGGAAGUAAAAAGGCAGCAACAAAAAAUAACAAAUUAAUCAAAGGAAAUGGAACUCUUCCCAAGCAUUCUACUUUACCUUUCACAUAAUCUUCACAGCCUCUUAACUAGACUGCAUGCCUUGCCAAUUCAUCACUCGUGUAACACAGAAAGGACUGCGGAUGAUCGACAUACUGUUUAAUGAGUCAGCAGGCUGCAGUUACAUUUCUGGAAUAAAUCCAGAAAAGACUAUUCCAAGACUAAGGCUUGACCUCUUUCUCAAAGCUAAAUUUGUUCCUCUUGGCUAUCACAGUUGAUGGAACAAGGUUUGAUUUCUGUGAAAAUUCAUCUUUCCUGCAAAAUUGUUACCCUGUGGCAUAAUUUCUGCCCAUUAUGGACAUUGUGGUAACUCUAUUCAUAUUGUAUACCUGAUGAACUGAGCUUUUAGGAAUUCAUUCUCUUUAUUUUAUCAGAGUUUUUUUGAGAGAGAGAGAUGUAAAGCUAUCUUGUAUUUACAUGUGGAAAAAUGUUAAAUUCCCUAUAUUUGUAAAUCAGAUAUGUAAAUUUGUAAAUCAAUAUGUACCAAUUGUUACAGAUUGGGGGGAUUUGUCUGCUACUUAAAGGUGUUUAACCAAAACAAGAUAUAAUUACACAUGAAAAUCCACUUGAUAUUUAAAAAAUAUUUUAAGUGAAGACGGCAUCUCAUCUUAUUGGGUUUUUUUUUUAAAAAAAAACAACAACACAUAUAAUAGCCAAGGCAGUGCUCAAAUUAUAACAGGAGAAUGUAAAAGCCCUUUAUGAAAUCCAGAAGCCCUGCCCCAAAGGCUAUGACUCUCUUUCCACUUCAGAAAUAUCAUCCUGCAUCCCUAACUUUCUAACAUACAUUAGUGAUUUUGUGAUCACAAAAGGUGUAUUAGAGCUACUAACUGAAACACCAGAUUGAACGUCCUCAAAGGUAUCCUUCUGUAUAUAUAAAGAAGGAUGGGACAGGACUGAAGAUGCCAUGAGUAAAUGCGCACAUAUUGCAGAUUAUUCUGGGAAUGUCAUUCAUAAGAUGAACUAUGACCUUCUUUAUGAACAGGUUUUGCAUGUGAAAUCUCCCUGGUUUAGGAUAUGGCAUAUCCAGUUAAUUGGAUGUAGGCAGAAGGGUUGAUGUGAACCUCUGCCUUAGACUUUAGGGAAAAAAAUCAUUUGAAAGGAAGACCAAUUGCAUCCGACUAUGGCAGUUUCAGACAUUCAGGUAAAGGGCCAAUCACUGCAUAUAUAUAUUUCAUACAAGACACAGAAAAGGGUUUCACCUCCUGUAUAAAUGUCUGAAAUUAAUUUUUUAAAAUGAAAAAUGGUCAGCUGCAGAAGACUUUAUAUGUUGCAUAAGUUGCAGGCAGCUAGUAGAUCAUUUUUUAGCCUACUGGAUGUAUAGCUUCUGGUACACCCCUCUCUAUGCCAUAAACCAUCCCUCUUAAACAUUACCAAAAGAUGGUGACCUGUGUCUUAUGGCAGCUGUAGUGUGAGGAGUAAUUAAAGGAAUUUUACAUAAUGUUAUGAAGUUUCCCAGUUUUGACAAUCUCCCCCACUGCAGCUCCAUAAAAAACAUCCUCGAUGAAAAGAAAAUUGAAAAUAUUGGUGAAAUGGUGAAAAAAUUUUUUUGGAAUGUCAAGAAACCCUGAGGAGAAGAAUCCUGAAUUAACAAGAAUCUUUGUAAUUUGGGAUUUAUUCUGUGCAAAAUGUUAUACGGGUUGUUUUUAGAGCAGGAAAUGCUGUAAUUGUGAGGUUGCUCUGCCCAAAAUCUGCAUGCUGUCAUUUGCAUAGAAAACAGUAUUUUCUAUGCAGGAAACACCUUGUUUGGUGUGUAACUCUGUUUUCUGCAUAGAAAAUGCUAUUUAAUGUGUAAAACAACCAAGAGCAAAUGAAGUCCCCCCCCCCCCCAAAAAAAACCCUUGUGUGAAUCUUUGAACCUAUACUCCUCUAUGUUUAUUGCUAUUUUGGUUAGCAAUUUUGGUAGGAUGGUUGUUCCUAGGAUGCCUGCUUCUUGACCCUAUUGUUGGCUAGUAGGCAGAGGUUGCCCAUCAUGCUCACUAUACAUGGGAUACCAAACUCAUUUUCACCAAUGAUGAUCCACUGUAAGGUAAAGGUAAAGGUUUCCCUUGACGUUAAGUCCAGUCGUAUCUGACUCUGGGGGUUGGUGCUCAUCUCUAUUUCUAAGCUGAAGAGCCGGCGUUGUCCAUAGACACCUCCAAGGUCAUGUGGCCGGCAUGACUGCAUGGAACGCCGUUACCUUCCGGCUGGAGCGGUACCUAUUGAUCUACUCACAUUUCCUGUAUGAUGGGUUAAAAUUAUUUUUCCAUGCUGAAGGCACUAUUUUUCAAGUAUGACAGUUGAAUAGAAGCAAUCCUAAACUGCUAGCAAAAGAGAAAGAACUAAAAAUGAAAACAAAACCCAAGGAAAGUCAUCAAAGGAACAUUUUGGUUGCCCCUGAAAGCAGUAUACUCAUGCCAGAAAAAUAAUUGUUAUUGUACUGCUGGAUAAUCCUAAUUAUUUUGGCGCAACCCCCAAAAAACACUCAAAAUUAAAAAUAUUCAGAAAAGUUACCUUAUCAAGAUCUGCUGGGGGGGGGGGGGAAUGUGCCUCUCGCUGGAAAUCUUCCAGACAUUCAGCAAUGGACAGGACCAUUUAUAUUAUGUGUGAAGAAGGGGCCAGACUAUCAGUGUGAGAAACAGUGGUCCUUUUUUGUGAUUCUUCUUGUUAUCAUCAUCUUUAUCCCUUGCAGUGCAAGCUAAUGCAAGUUUACGCAGGAUUCUCCCAAUGAGUCCUAGAAAACUGACAUCAGUGUUGCCUGCAGAUAUAACUAGGUGUUUUAACAUACAUUUUGACUAUAGCAUGGUUGUUCAAUCCACUCUGAAGAACUGACACAACUUUCCAGUUUCUUGUUUUCAGUUUGAUUACUGUAUUAUAUGUCCACCUCUUAAAUGAAAAAUCCUCAUUGUACAGAUUGUGGGGAUCAAUCAAUCAAACCAUAAUCUGAUGUGAGAAUAAUCUUGCUGCUCUGUUUUAUUAUGGUCUGAGGCUUUUGUACUGUUCUGCUUUGUUAUCAUUUGUAAAGCAUGAAAUGGUAUUCAUUUUGAAGUCAGUUGUAAUUUUGUAGAGAAUUCUGUCUAUGAUACUAUGAGGGAGAGAAAGCUUAAUAAAUGAGAAGACAUUGCAA